AUGCUCAGCGCGCUCCUCACACCCCUUCGCGCAGCGUUCGAGAUCACGUCUCCGAGAGUGGUAGCAACGCCGACGCUGCCCCCGACUUCUGACGAGCUUGACCCGGAAGAUUUCGCUCGAGAUGUGCUGGUGGAGCUCAUGAGGACGGCCGUGGAGAGGUUGAAAGAGACUGAAGAUAUCAGGUCGAAGGUCGAGGUGCUAUCCGAGGUCCAUCGUAUUCUUUUACAAGAUCCCGUUACAAAAGAUGUUUUCAGAGAGCUAGACGGCUUUCUUGCUAUCAUUGGCGCCCUUUCAGCGCUGCACGCGCCCAGGCAGGGUCCUGUGGCUGAGCCAGAGGAACAGGUCGUGGAGGAGAUGAUGGAGGGUGCAAGGUUGGUGUUUGCUAUUGCGUCGGAGGCGAUGUGGGAGCAUGAAGAGAAUGUUAGAUACUUCCAGCGUCAUGUAGGUUACGACUCACUCGCCACCGCCCUCCAACCCUUGCUGUCUGACCCCCGCACCUCCGUUUCCGACCGAACUCGCGGCCUCAUCCUCUCACUCGCCCUACACGACUUCUCCUUCGUCGCUCUAUUCUCAUCCAUCCGCUCUUCCCUCACAAGCACCGCCUCCUCGAAACAAAACAAGACUCUCGAUGCCGAGUCGUACACAAAACUCGACGCGCACAUAACCUCGUUUCUGUCCACCACUUCCUCCACCACCGCCGCCACUGCAUCAUCAUCGUCAUCAUCUUCCCUCCUUACACCCACUAUCACCACCGCAAGACGUUCGCCGUCACCCCAGCCAAAACCACGGACCCUCCGCAUCGCUCUCCCUCCGGGCCUCUUACUCCUCCAUUCUACCCUUCCCACAUAUACAGCGGACCCUCUCCUGCACUACGCGGCCCAUAAACUACUGGAACGACUAGCGAGCUCGAGUCAUCGGAAUUGUGUUCUUAUGAGUACUGGUGGGUCGGGAAUGGAUCGUCUACUGAGAGAUGUUUGGGUAUGCUGGACGGGGAAGGGUAAGGAUGGGGUCACGGAGGGGCGGUUGCCCAGCCAGCAUCGGAAGGUUAUGCAGAGAUUGCUGAGGAGGUUGUUGGAGAUGGGUGCGAGGACGGAGGAGAUGAGGGGUAUUUUUCAGAGUGUUGUGGUUCUGAAGAAGGAUGCAUCGCAUCCACCGACUGGGAAGCGGAUCGAAGACAAGGGCAAGGGUGCUGACGGGACAGAUCCGAAGGAAAGUGGGGAGCCGGCUGGGAAGGUUGAUCAGGGGAAGAUGGAGUAUGCUUUGGAUUCGGAGGUCUUGGAAGUUUUGCGGACGGGGAUGAAGAUGCGAUGGCCGGAACAUUUUUCGAUGGAGGGACGGGCGGCGGUCAAGUUCGUGGAAGAGGGCGUGAGGGGGUUGCCUAGUAAUGGCUUUACUUUCAUGAUUUGGCUCCGCCUCGAGUCUCUGCCUACCCACCGGUCCCACUCCCUCUUCACUUUCUCUCUUCCCGCUUAUACUGUCUUCAAAGUGUCGCUGCGUCCGGAUGGGAGGCUGGACCUCUGGAGCUCAGAGGGGAAUACGGAGUAUACGACGAAUGCGAGUAUUGGGAAGGGGAAGUGGAUACAUGUAACGGUGGUUCAUCAUUCUGCGCGCGGAGUGAGGCCAAGCGUUCGUAUAUUCGUUGACGGAACACUCGAGACCGUGCACUGGCCUUACCCACGAGCAGACUUUGUUUCGCAAGUUGGGACGUAUACAAUUGGCGACGCGGCGGAAGAUGUGGAUACGAGUGUGAGCUGGAGCUUUGGGAGUUGUUGUCUCCUUGGGAAACCAUUGGGCGACCAUCUACCCCGAUUUAUACAGCACCUCUCCGCACGCUACACCUCCACCUUCCAAUCCCGCAACCUCUCCACCUUCCUAACCUACGAUGCCUCCACCUCCAUGAACAUGUACCUCGCCGCCAUCGCCUCUCCCCCACCCUCUUCCUCGCCUUCCUCCUCAUCACCCUCCACCCCUGCCGUCGGCUCUCCUGCAACGAUGCACGGAAACUCUUUUGCUCGUGGCGGGCCACAAGUACAAGCACUCUCACGCCAGAAUUCAUAUGCGUCCCAGGCGCCACAAAGCCCAUCUAUGUCGUAUGCCUCACAGACUAUUGCCAGACAUGGGGGAGUUACGAAUAUUGCGGGAUCGGCGGCGGAGGCGGCGGCGUUGUUGAGGGCUAUUAAUGAGGGAAUUGGGAUCACGGACGAUACGAUCGUGUUUUCGAUCACGCCUGGCGUGUUUCCGAACACCGAUCUUAUGAAUAGGAGUUCUGGUAGUGGUGAAGGUGCAGGUGAAGGUGCGGAGGAGGAAGAGAAAGAUGGAGUAUGGGUGGAUGAAGGGAAUCCGUUUGUGAAGGAGGGGGACGUGGUGCCUGUGAGGCCGAGGUGUGUGGAUCAGGCGAUGUGGGAGGUUGGAGGGGCGGGUGUCGCGCUGAGGUUGGUGCAGCUGGCCCAGACACCGCAUGAGCUGUCAAGGACGCUGGGCAUCUUGACGGACGGAUUGAAGUUUAGCUGGCAAAACUCGGAGGACAUGGAGCGAAUACGAGGAUACGAUAUUCUGGGCGCCAUGCUCAAGAGCAAAGCCGACUUGAUCAAUAUGACGAGUUUCGAGACCUUAUUUGAAUUCCUUGGGUUGAGAUUUGGGUCGCCUGAUAACUCAACGGUCUCGAAUCCACUCGCCUAUCGCACCAUCGCCCUCGACUUCGAACUCUGGUCACGGACCCCUCAGCCCAUCCAACGCGUGCAUCUCCAACACUUCACCACGCUCAUUCAAGGCAGCAGACACAAGAGGUUCAAUAUCAAGCAGAGGAUAGGGAAGCUGAGCCCAAGCUUGGUUAGGCGGUUGCUGUUUAUUUGGCAGACGGGCUGGUACGGAGAGGAGGCGAUGAUGGGUAGUGCCGGUAAGAGGGACGGAACGUUGGAGGGUGUAAUUGCGGUGGCGAUGAAGGGGAUGUUUAAGGUUGAUGAGACUAUCAAACCUAUCGUUUCGUACUUGGCGGCGAACUUACAUGAGCGCGCUCCUGCGGUAGCGUCUCCUGUCUCUGUUGUUUCGCGUAUCUCGCAAGACCAUACGCGUGAAAAGGCCGAACGCAUACUUGUCCUUCUAGUUUCUCUGCUUUCCAACUCACCCACUCAUUACAACACCUUUGCCUCCGCCUUGCCUCUCACACGUAUCUGCCUUCUCCUUCUGGGCGACCGUCCUACUCCAGUCGUCGCCAUCCAGGUACUCACUUUGAUUGAUGUGAGCCUGACGGCAUCGAGGAGCUUCAAUCGAAAAUUCGAAAUCGUCAGUGGCUGGACGCUGUUGAGGACUGUGUUGCCGUAUGCAUGGAAUGAAGGUGUGCACAAGGUGGCGUUCAGGAUUCUGCUGGGGAGGACUGGGGCUAGUGCGCACGAUAUUGAGAAUGGGAAGAGGAGGAGUGGAGCGAAGAAGGAGGAACCGGCGGUGGUGGUGUGUCCACAGAUCAUGCCUGCGGUCUUUGCCAGUUUGCAGAGGGUACUGGGUGUAGUGGCAAACCAUGUUCCACCUUUGAACCCGAUCGAUGAGUCUAAAGCACUCGAGCCAGAAGCCGUCGCGGAACUUCUCCUCGAAGAGUUACUCAGCUUGCAACUUAGCUGUCCGACGUUCCGACAGGUCUACAAGUCCCAGCAGACCAUUGAGAUUUUUGUCCAGGCGUUCAGGUCGUUUGUCAAGGCACUCAACUCUGCUGUCGUGAUCGAGCAGAGGACGAUCAGGAUGCUGGAGAAGUUGAUGCAUUUCGGUGUGACGAUUGCGAUGGACAACGUCGUCGCUGGGAACCAGAAAGCGGAGAUUCUUGAAGUCAUCAAGUCCGCUGAGGUUAUCACCAGCGGCGACAGGCCUGGAAGCACUGAUAUCGACCCCUCUCUCGUCUCUGAUAAACGGAGCAGGCUCAAUCGACUUUCAUCCGCGAGACUCAGCGUUCAGGUCAGCGAACGAACGAUUCAAAAGUCCAUGGCACGGAUGGUCCAGUGGAGGCAGACGGUGAUCACGGCGGAGAAGAAACGGCUGAGGAAGAACGUUCUUGAUCUGCGAGAGAACCACCGACAAGUAUCGAGGUUGAAUGACUGGAUCGUCCCACUUACGACAGAGCGAGGGCUCUGGGAGAUCCCGGAAGAACGGACCUGGCGACUUGAUGAAACUGAGGGACCGUAUAGAGUUCGCAAGAAGCUCGAAGCUGACAACGACCUGAUGUCGAGGUUCAAGCCGACCGACAACGAGCAUCUGCGAGGCCUAGAGGCACCAGCGCUAGACGAGCAGUCUACGUUCCGCGUGGAAGCACCUUGGUCAGACUCUUAUGAGAUCUCGGCGACCGACGUUGAAGAGGACCGUCAGCUAGCGGAAGAAGUCGUGGAUGAUCGGCAUCGUCGUGUUCGACAUGAUCUUGAGGCCGGAGACGUGAUUGAGGCAGUUGCUACUGUGGCCCGUAUUAGUGGCGUAGACUCUUCACCUGGUCUUCUCAUCUUUGGAAAAACUCAUCUAUACAUGCUGGACGGCUUGGUCGAGAAUAGUGAUGGUGAAGUCAUUGAUGUUCACGACGCACCGAAAGAGCUAUUCUUUGUCCCCGGGAGUCUCGUUGAACUUGACGGCAUUCAGAGGGCUCAGCGAUGGACCUACGAUCAAGUGGCCAGUUUUAGUGACAGGACGUUCCUCUUCCGUGACGUGGCUCUGGAGAUAUACUUCAAAGAUAGUCGGUCGUUGCUCACAGUCUUCCUCACGAAGCGCCAGAGAUCCGAGGCCAACCAAAGACUGUCAUUGACCGUCAAUGGACAACGGUAUAACGAAUUGUCUACGCCCGGUCUGCUCAGGUCCCCACUCAUUGGUCGCAUGAGUGCGAGGGUGAGAUCUGGGUUCAGGGCAGACCAGUUGUCGGGGGCACAACGGAAGUGGCAAGCCCGUGAAAUGAGCAACUUCACUUACCUCAGUAUCCUCAAUCAAAUUUCCGGUCGAACUCCCAGUGAUGCUACACAAUAUCCUGUGAUGCCUUGGGUAUUACAGGAUUAUAGUUCCGAAACUCUUGACCUCUCAAAACAGGAAACCUUCCGAGAUCUCUCCUUGCCUAUGGGUGCCCUCACCGAAGCACGCCGCGAAGCCGCCACAUCGCGCUACGACAGCCUAGCCAGCGUGGGAGAACGACCUUUCCACUACGGAACGCACUUCAGCUCGUCGAUGAUCGUUUGCCACUUCUUGAUCAGACUGGCUCCGUUCACUAGUAUGUUCAAGACACUACAGGGUGGAGACUGGGAUCUACCAGACCGAUUGUUCAGCAACAUCGCUCGCGCAUAUGAUUCUGCCGCAAAGGACGUUCGUGGAGAUGUUCGAGAACUAAUCCCAGAGUUUUUCACAUGUCCAGAGUUCCUUGAGAACUCGAAAAAUAUCGACUUUGGUGUUCAACAGGCCAAUGGCGAGCGGAUACACCAUGUGAAGUUGCCACCAUGGGCAAAGGACGACCCGCUGCUCUUCAUCACGCUCAAUCGCCGGGCUUUAGAGAGCGACUAUGUCAGCGAACGAUUACCAGCUUGGAUUGAUCUUAUCUGGGGCAUCAAGCAACAAGAUCCUGCAGCAAUAAAUGUAUUUCAUCCUUUGAGCUAUGAAGGGUCUAUUGAUUUGGACACCAUCACUGACGAACUCGAGCGAGAAGCGACUAUUGGAAUCAUCCAUAAUUUCGGACAGACGCCAAGAAAGCUCUUCAAUGUGCCUCAUCCUCCACGAUUCAACCAUGGUCUCUCAACUCUGCCCCUCGGAACACUACAUGGGAUCGAAGAGGAUCAUAAUCUGUUGACCCAGAGUGUCAAGACCGCUGCUCGUGAUCUCGGAGCGGAUACCCCAGUCCGGGAUCUAACGGUUGACAUGAUCGGCGAGAGAGUCAUUCCUCAUCCCGAAGGAGUGUUGUCAGUGCCCUCUGUUCCUCACGAGCAAAUCGAGUGGGGAUGGAGUCGAACAGGCAGGGCAGCACCUGAGGGUUUGAGAGUUGUUGUCGUCCAAGUCAUAGAGGGCAUAGACUGUACCUGUGCUACCUUCCCAGACUCCGACAAUCUCAUCACAGGCUCAUCCGAUCAUAUCCUUCGUCUUUGGCGCAUUUCACGAGUUCCACAUCCUGGAACCACCGGCAUCACUAUGACGAGUACGCUACGAGUCCAUACAGCUCCAGUGUCGUGUGUGACGGCGUCAAGAGCUUGGUCUGUUAUCGUCAGUGGGUCGGAGGACGGUAGUGCGGCGAUCUGGGAUCUGAACAAGGCGGUCUACGUGAGGAGUAUCUGGCACGGACGAGCUGAUGAGACGGUGGAUGGGUCGAAGGUUCACCUGGCGAGCGUCAAUGAGAGCACUGGCUACAUCGCCACCUGUUCUCGUAUAAAACUCUGUCUUCACACUGUCAACGCCCGACCCAUCGCUUCUCUCGACCUCACAUAUUCUUCUGCACUUCCUUACCUUCCACCGCAAAUCACAUCUCUCGCCUUCCUGGAGCGCGAGUACUCAUAUCUCGGCGUCCUGGCCACAGGCGGUCCGGAUGGUAAAAUCACGUUGAGGACUUGGAAUACUGAUAAAACCCCUGAGGGCGAAAAGGCAAAGUGGGAGUUCGUGACGCUGAGGAUCUUGGAGGCUCGGGAGACGGGGAGGGAGAAGUUGAUGAUUAUGUCGUUGCGUUUCGUUGGGGAACGUUUAUACCAUGGUGAUACUAACGGGAAGGUAUAUGCUUGGGAUCUUCCUGAUUAA